AUGGAUAAUGCCAACCUGUGGACUCGUCGAGCAAACUCUUCCAAAUUGUCCCUCUCCAUGUCCGGGACGGACGGCAAGGACGGUGCCCGUGUCGACCUGCCCCGCUCAUCCAAACGCUUCGGCCCUGACAGCUCCCACGGCCGCUCGAAUCCCUUCAACGCCAUAUCCCCCAUGUCCGCCGGUGUCUCCUCCCCGUCUACGAACGCCACCAACGCCUUUGGUCUGGGAUCUGGCGCCUUUGCCUCCUUCGGCGCUCCCAAGACACCAGGCGGGAGUACCUCAGAUGUGAAGACCCCGGGAGGAGAGAAGCGAGAGUUUUCCGGCGAUCAUGAAGAGGCUCUUCGGGCUAGGGAACUGGUUGCUGCCGCAGUAUCCGGGUCCGGGUCCGUGUCCGGUGGUCCUGGCGAACAUCCGCUCAAGUCGACCUGGAUCGUCUGGUAUCGGCCUCCUACACCGAAGUACUCCGACUAUGAGAAGUCUACAGUACCGCUCGCGUCGAUAUCGUCGGUGGAGAGUUUCUGGGGCACUUAUUCGCAUCUUAAGCGGCCUUCUCUGCUUCCGACUGUGUCGGAUUAUCACAUCUUCAAGAAGGGCAUUCGUCCGGUGUGGGAAGAUGAGGCUAACAAGCGGGGUGGCAAGUGGAUUGUUCGAUUGAAGAAGGGCGUCGCCGAUCGGUACUGGGAGGAUUUGCUGUUGGGGAUGGUGGGUGAUCAGUUUAUGGAAGCCGGAGAUGAAGUCUGCGGCGCUGUGCUGAGUGUUCGCGGUGGCGAGGACGUCUUGAGUGUCUGGACACGAAACGACGGUGGGCGGAACAUCAAGAUCAGGUAUGUGCAUGUGCAUGUGCAGCAACAUUUUCCUUCUUCCAUGUCCAUCUCUCGCGGAGCUAAUUCUUUUCUUUUCCCCCCCAGAGAAACCAUCAAGCGGCUGCUUGCAUUCCCUCUGGACACCAACAUAGUCUGGAAGAGCCAUGACGAUAGUAUCGCCCAACGCUCCGCCAUUGACCAGGCACGCCAUGAAAAAUCGACUGCAACCGGAUCCACCCCUACUGGCCACCUAGGAACCGAACGACGACGCAACACCGGCCACGACGACUCGGACAAAGUCAAGGGCGUCACUCUGUCAUGA